AUGAACAUCACCAACACAACGAAGACGUCUAUAUACCGCAGAACCGGCUUGAAAAAGCCUAAGGUUCUCUGCAUCUACACCGGAGGUACCAUAGGAAUGAAGAAGGACAGCAGUGGUUCGUAUACUCCUGUUCCAGGGUAUCUACGGGAAGUGACAGAUAGAACUCCGAACUUUAAGGACCCAGAAAUGCCCCUCUUUGAGAUACUCGAAUACUCCACGCUAAUUGACUCCUCCAACGUGAAGCCUCAAGAUUGGCUCAACAUUUGUCAGGACAUCGAGGCCAACUACGCUGCUUAUGACGGCUUCGUUGUAAUUCACGGAACGGACACCUUGUCGUUCACUGCCUCGGCACUGUCAUUCUUCCUACGGAAUCUCAGCAAGCACGUUGUGCUGACUGGUGCACAAAUACCCCUUUCGGAGCUCUACAACGAUGGGCUAUUCAAUCUUAUAGGGGCUAUAUACAUGGCCGGGUGGUACGAAAUUCCUGAGGUUACGCUCUUCUUUGCAGGCAAGCUCUACCGUGGCAACCGCACGCAAAAGUACUCGUCGUGGGAGCUGACGGCCUUCGACUCUGCGUGCUUCCCUUGUCUGGCCCAGUGGGGCGCGACCAUAUCUGUACACGAUGAAUUCGUCAUGUAUCACAAGGAGUUCCUCGACCUUAAGGAGAACAGCAAAAGCAAGCACAUAGGUUCGCUCGAGCAGACAGAGUCGCUGGAGCUCAUGGCAGACGAUAAGCCCAUGGACAUCAUGACCCACCCAAAUGAGGCCCUGAUUAUCCCAACUAAGGUGUGCAACGACGUGGUGAUGAUUUACCUCUAUCCAGGGAUCAGCGGGCAAGACAUCCUCGCGGCUGCAGCAAGCAAGCGUGGCGUUAUUCUUCUUGCAUACGGUGCGGGCAACGGGCCGACAGACGACAAGCACUUUGUAUCUGCGAUCAAGCUCCUUAAGUCUAAGAACGUUGUGGUCAUUGGGGUCACGCAGACACACUGGGGCUUGGUGGAUCUCGGGAUGUACUCGGCGGGCUUGGGUCGUGCAGGCGCCAUCUCGGGCUUCACUAUGACACCAUCAGCAGCAUACACGAAGCUCGUGUACCUGCUCUCCAUCGGCUGUAGCUCGCUAGAAGAGAUUGAAACGGCUAUGUGUACAGACAUCCGCGGGGAAAUCGAGACCUUCCAGGCAUCGACCGCGAGAAGUAACUACUAG